UUUUUAUUAAAUAUAUGAUCAGAGGAGGGAACAUCCCCACUGCAUUUGUUUUAAUUCAAGAAUUUGUAAUUUAAGCCAAAUGUACGGCGGUUUUCAGAGAAAUCACCACUUAUGCUGUUGUCAAAAAAUGCAUCCUUGCGUUUCUGAGAGAAAUAAAGCCAUGCUGGGAAAAGGAUAUAAAUUGGGUGGAACGGUUUUGCAAGAGGGUAUCCAGAAGUCUGGGCAAGAAGCCCAAAGAACCCCAAAGAUUGGUGUCACUUUUCCAUCUAAAUUUAGCAAGCCAAAAGGCCAAGAAGCUCAGUGCAAAGAUAACUCUACCCGAAACUUAUUAACAGGAAAUCCGCUAUUAACUAAAGUUGGAUCCAUGAGUAAAUCUUUGGCAAGUCAAGGAAUCCAAAACCAAAAGUCAAAACCCAAUUUGGAACAGGAUCAAAAAGCUCUCGUUAAGAUCAAACCCAAACGUAGAAGAGGUAAAAAGACGCCUAAGAGGUCAACAGCUGGAAAUAUUGAACAACCCUUCGAUGACGAUGGUAUAUGGUUUGAAUGCAAUGUGCCCUUUCGAGUAAAUAUUCCCUUUCCUAUUAGCAUGAAGAACCUGUUUGGUUCGCAGCUAUUUCCAGGCAACAGCAACUAUCAGAUCCUUAAAGCCCUUGUCCCAGAAGGAAGAUUACAGAAGGAUAGUAAGGUAGAGCGGCCUUUAAGCUUCUCAAUGCGUCCAGCUCUUCCACCUCCAGAUCUGCAAUCUAUCAAUUCAUCCAGUAAAGCAUUAACAUUCACAAAGAAAAAGGGUUUUAAACGCGGAAGAAAACCCUUUCCCUGCGAAACAUCUACUCAAACAAUCGAAGAAGAAUGCGAUCCUGUUUUGUGUUGCCUCGAACAAAUCAGAAAUCAACUGGCCAGCAAAACUCCUGAAAAUCAAGGAAAAAACCUAUCACACUGUUUUGCCGAGAAAUCUACAAAUGUAGGAAGUAUUCAGAACGAAAGAAAUGAAGCUGGUGUGGAAACAUUUGAACAGCCAUCUCCAAAUGAAGCCAUUGAACCAGGAAAAGACGAUAAAAUUGAGAAGCCCUCUGAUCCCCAACAGUCAACAUCAUUGGGAAGUUUCAAGAAAAAUUCAAGGAGUUCUUUAAACACAUUACCGCAGCCUAAAUCAAAGAUCAAAAAUUUGGAAAAUAAAAGUACGUCUCCCAAAACUCAGUCGAAAUCUAUCCUGGAAUCUUCUGAAACUCAACAAAAUUCACAAGAAAAUGAGGAAACUAACUUAGCUUCUGAGGAGGGGGACUUGAAGAACCAAAAUGAUGAAGAAACUGCUUUCGUAAAUGUCCCCAAACCUAUUUUAAAACCAUGUAUUUGUCUGUGCAGGCUUCCAAGGGUUUUUCCAAAAUUUACAAGAGCUAUGAUGCCCAAAACAGUGUGCCAGCCUCAUUUUAUGAAUGGAUGUCGAAUGACGAGAUGGCAAAAUCAUCAUAGGCAACCCAACCAACAUUGUUGCCAGUGUAUCAACACUCAAGGAAACCAAAUACCUCCUACAACUGCAUAUAUGAAGGAUGACUUACCACAUGAACAAGCCCAAUCAGAAAAGACCAACCAUAGUAGUUCAAAGUCAUGUUUAGAUCAUUGUAAAAAUCCAAUAACAACGGGCCAACGGUCCAUUAUGAAACGAGAAUCUGUAGAGCCCAAUCAAAGAUUCGGAGAUAGAACAUUGAAUAAGAAUAUUUGCUUUAGGGAAUGCGUAUCCACUUACAGGCAAUCAACCGAAACCCAAUUACCUGCAAAUGAAUGUUCACAAUACCAUUGUAAUGAAUCCUAUGCUUCCAGCAGAACCGAUACUGAUUGUGACUAUGUGGAUAGAUCCUCAAAUUGUGACUUUAGAUCCUCAAACAGCGUGAAAAGUUCUGAUCAUACCUCUGUUGUGAGUGAAUCAAAUAGUAGCUAUACUGCCCCAAGUAUUAAUCCCAGUGAAAGGGCGAGUCUUUCUGAAGCAUCGAAGAGUGAAAUCCCAAAGGAUUCUUCUCCAGAAAUAAACUCAAAUAUUAGCAGCAACGAAUCCCUUUCAUCAUCUAGAAAAACAUCUCGUACGAGUUCUCUUAGGAGUAAUUCGAAAACGAAUAAAUCUUCCGCACCAAACGAAGUUAAUCGGUUUAGAAAUAAAAAUCAAGAAUUGCUACAUAAUCAAGCUGGCAAUAAACGGAAACGGCGAUUUAGGAAACGUAUAAGUUCUGGGGUUGAAACUUUUCCAGAGGACUGCAAAGAUUGUGGACAUGAUGAAUUCUCUGAGGAGGCAGAAGCAAAAACUCCAAACAACAGUUUUUCAGAAGCUGUAAGAGCAUGUCAAAAAUGUUCCGACCAUUUAAUUUCUGAAAAAACCAUCCGAAAAGCAAGUUCCCAAAAAAGAAAAGAAGAAAUAACUGACAGUUCAAUGAAAUCAAUCAGCAAUAGAAACUCGGAUCAAAGAAAUAACUUCGAAUCUUAUCUAAACGGCACAGUUGUACCAAAACAAACUAUAGAUCAAAGUUGCAAUAGAAAUCGAGGAGUAUCUUUCAAGCAGCGCUCACAAUCAGCACCAGAGUGCUGGAUACUUCAAUUCCCCAAAAGAAAUCCAGCAAAUAGAUCAGAAAAAUCACACCUUUAUUCACCGGCAAAUUUCAGAGAACACCAGAGUUGUACAGAAAACGUACUUUUACUCCAAGACGAAACUUGCGAAAGUGAUUCAGAUGACUACGAACUCGUCAGAUGCAAUCAUUUCUCAACAGAAAAUGAGACCUCAAAUGAGAACUGUGGUGCGUGCAAAACUCCAGACUACAGUAUAAAUGCAAGUAUUUUAAAUGAACUUAGGAAGGAGGAAAGCUCAAUUAGUCCCACACAAAGCCAAAGAACCUUUAUCCUAGUUGACAGUCAACAUCCGAAUGAUCUAAACAUAUGCCAACAGGAGCAAGAAAGGGAAAAACCGCCUAUGGUGCAAGUGCCUUUCCGUAUGAGCAGCACGGAAGAUCUGGGAAUUUUACAACCAAAAAAAUGGAGAGAGUUGGGUCUAAAAUUCACAAUGCUUCAUGCCAACCAAUUUCAAAUGGCUCCUGCAACUGCAAAUCACGUUGCACUACCAACCAGUAGACCAAAAAGGACUGAGAACCAAAAUUCCAAUUCUCCUGUUGGUCAGAUGAACGGUGUAAUUCUUCCAGCUUCUUCUCCACCUACAAGGACGAAUACCGCAGAGCAAUCCAUCGAAAGGAGAAAUAGGAAUCUGCAUCAACCCGGCACUUCAGAAUCUUUUAGCAGCGUUUAUCCUUCUUCACGACGUAAAUUAUCCUCAGAAAAAAGGUCUAACUAUCCAAGAAAAAUAUCUAACGCAGAACUCAGAGGUAUUCAAAAGAAUGAUUCAAACAAUUCGAAUAGCGAAAGAUUUAUUUCUGUAAGCAACCAACAUUCUGAGCAACUAAAUGUGUUUAACGGAAAUCAAUUUAGACAAGAUGAAUCCGGAAAUUGCUAUAGGAAAUCCGAUUACAGAAGUGACCAAAGUCAACUAUAUAAUCAUCAGUUUAAAACAGGGUUACAUAACUCCGAAGCGGGAGCUUCUGGCUUUUCUGAAAUCCAUUCAAUACCUACUGUCUUAACUUGGACAGAUCCAGCUCAGAAAUCCCAAUUAGUAGCUUCCAAUAAAUCAAAGGCCACGGAAAGAUCGACUGACGUGGAAACACUCGAAACAGUGACUCUGAUGCAACCACGAAAACUUCGAAGUUGCGAAAGCGCUGGAAUCAGAAACCAGGCUAAUAGCAAUGAGAACACCGUUCUCAUCGAGACAAGAACUCCAUGUAACAGAGAGAAUCUUCUCCAGACCUGUGGACGACCGCCCUGCAACUCUUGUCCUCACCACUACACGGGUCUUCCUCCAAGUCACAUUCAAGGAUUUAUGCAGCCUCCGGAUCAUAUGCUAGAGCCGCAGAUCUCUAUGAGUGCACCACAAAAUGUCACUCCUUUCGAUGAAGGAUACCUUAUAGAUCCCCGGGAUCAGUGGAUGACCACUAAAUCACCAGCAUCCGCACCAGCCGUGCAGCAUCCAUAUCAAAUGAAGGAACCGUAUCAGCCCAAACCUAGAUCCCACCAUCAGUUUCAGGAACCUGUACAUCCUCCACAAAGUUCCUUUCAGCCCACAAACCCUGGCCACUAUCCUCAACUUACAGAGAACAUUAGAAUGCUUCCAGAUGGAUUCUAUGAUCGCACCGUGAACAAGUACAACAUAGCACGAAUGGAUUCCAACUUUCAGCCACCUCAAUUUCCACUGGAGCCGCAAUUUCUUCACGGAGAACAACACCCUGCUUUUGGACAGCCAGCUUGUCCAUAUGGCAAUCAAUGUCAUCCGCAACUGAUGAUGGCAUCCUUUCCAGAUCCUAACCGGCGUUAUGUUCCACCACAGAACCAAUACCCAGCCGAGAUGCAAAAUCAACUCUCGAUGUUCUGGACACAGCAAAAUGUAAAUUUGGAUUACUAUGAUCAGUCGGAAUAUCAAACUUAAUC